AUGGAUCUUCAUAAUAAAAUAGCUUCUAAAUUACUAAUAAAAUAUAAAUUAGUUAUUAAAAAUAUAUCAAGAAACUUUUCUUUUAAAAGUUUGGCUCCAGAAGGUACAAUUUUAAAAGGGAUUAAUAUUUACAAAAAAGGCAUGGAUCCUAUGGCACUUAAAGAAUCAGAAUACCCGGAUUGGUUAUGGAAAAUUUUAGAUGAUUCAAAAAUUUCUGAUGAAAAAAUAGAAAAGAAAAAAAAAUUUAAAAAAGACAAUAAAGAAAAAAUCAAAUCCAACAAUUUUCUAAGAAGCAGGCUUUAA